CUGGCCUACCAUGGAGCUACAUCCUACCCCUCCUCUAUGUUAGACCUCAGUUUCCUGGCGUCUCUGAAACUACCGUCCUAUGAAGAGGUAGCAGCUCAGCCCUCCACUCCCCCACCUCCCUACAGCACUGUGUUCGCUGCCCAGGGGGGCGCCGCUCGCUACCCCCAGCCACCCCACCAUCCCCCGGGAUCACACCCCCACCCCGGCACCAGCGCCAGCGCUGCACCCUCCUCUUUCAGCUCUGACAACAGCUCCAGCUGUUCCUGUGACUCUUGCUGUCCGUCAUCUCCCUGUAGCACCUACGAGACCGACACAAGCCGUGCUUCCACGCCCACAACACUGUCCCAAUACGCUGCAGAGAACACUGCUGCUGUUGUCUUGGAGACAGUUGCCAUGGUAACAUCCUCAGAGAUGAUUGUCUCUGUAUCUUCAGAGACAGAUGUGGAUGUUGCCGGUGGCAACAGGAUGGGUGUUGUUGCUGAUGCAUUUACUGUUGUUAUAACCUCAGAGGCCGACACCAACUUAAGCGAACAAUCUACAGAACCUGCACAGGUGCACUACUUUCCUGGUGCUACCAUGGAAACUGUUACUAUGGAGACAGAUGUUUGUAAUGUAGCUCGUCUCUCUUCUCGUACCUCACCCACGUCUACAGAACACCCUCUAGUUGCUACAACAACAGAUCACCUUCAAUCUGGGACUGCUUGUCCUUUAACCAAUCCAGGCCACGACAGACCAUCCUGUCCCCACAGUCCCUCCCCUACCACACCCACCUCUGCUGUCCCCUCCCCUACCACACCCACCUCUGCUGUCCCCUCCCCUACCACACCCACCUCUGCUGUCCCCUCCCCUACCACACACACCUCUGCUGUCCCCUCCCCUACCACACCCACCUCUGCUGUCCCCUCCCCUACCACACCCACCUCUGCUGUCCCCUCCCCUACCACACACACCUCUGCUGUCCCCUCCCCUACCACACACACCUCUGCUGUCCCCUCCCCUACCACACACACCUCUGCUGUCCCCUCCCCUACCACACCCACCUCUGCUGUCCCCUGCCCUACCACACCCACCUCUGCUGUCCCCUCCCCUACCACACCCACCUCUGCUGUCCCCUCCCCUACCACACACACCUCUGCUGUCCCCUCCCCUACCACACACACCUCUGCUGUCCCCUCCCCUACCACACACACCUCUGCUGUCCCCUCCCUACCACACCCACCUCUGCUGUCCCCUGCCCUACCACACCCACCUCUGCUGCCCACCCAGUCUCCCCCCAAGCAGACCCUGUUCUCCCCCUGUGUGGACGUAUACCAGCUUGUCCCCCACACCUACAGGAGCGAGGGAGAGGAGGAGGAGGAAGAGCAGGAGGAAGUUGGGGCCGAUGAGAGUCAGUACCGCCACCGCCGUCUGACCGGGGACUCAGGCAUCGAGGUGUGUCGCUACCCAGGAGGGCCCAACAUUAAGCUCCUGUCCUGA